AUGGUUAAACAACCCACCGAAAAAAUGGAUGAAACAACUAUCGAAGGACUUUCUAAGGCCGUUCAGGAGCUUACCGUACGGACCUGCGGGCAAGAAAAUCACGUGUGGAAAUUUCGCGACGAUCCAAAUUAUUACAGCAUGGGACGCAAUUUGUCUCCUGUACGCCUUCUAUGUCAAACUCCGAAUCAGGAAGGCGAAUCUCGAGAAUCAGAUGGCGUUUCUCACACGAAAGUUGGAGUUUCUGCGCGAAUGGAUCAGGAAGAAAGAAACGAGAAAAAAGUACCGUCCGAGCGCAAUAAAUGUAACAUAUUCGGCACAGAACAAGAUCAUGUUCGGAGCGUCAGUAAAAUUAUCACCAACUUCGCUAAAAUUGGCGCCCAAAAUGAAACGCGAAGUUGCGAAAUCGCCCAAAAAGAAGAAAAAGAAACAGAAAGUUGCGAAACUGCUAGAAAUAACAAGAUUAGAACUAUAUACAACGCAAAAGAAAGUUCGAAAGACAAGGUUAGAAGAAUUGAAGAUACUUCGAUCGACGAAUCCCACGAGUUCUGCUCUAACAGAGGAAGAAUUAGAGGAAUGGAAAGUUCCAUUGGGAAAUUGUUCCGAAUAUAUCCCGUGGGAGGCGUUGCAAGAAGAACCAAGGAGACGUGUAAACUUAUACAGCCACACUAUCAAUGUGACCAGGACGGGAACGCUAAACCCGUGCAUCAACUGUCAGAAAGUAUCUUAUUCGAUGAAACUCCUAGGUGUCGCAACAAUACACCCAUGGUAGUUGAAAUGUUUGCAAGUGAAUCCAACCGUCAACAUGUUGCAGAUACUGUAUACCCUAGGCCCUGUAAAGUAUCAAAUCUUACCGAUUGUAUGAAUGUAAAAUCAGCUCUUUAUGAGUAUGUUAACGAUGUUCGAGACUUUGGCUUCGACCAUAUCAUACUCAUUGGGGAACGUGAUUUUGGAAUGAUUUUUUUUGAUUGUUAUGGUCGAAUAUUCGAGUUGUAUACGAUGGAUGAUGCAUUGUGGCCACUUAGAAAUCCUCUAGAAGAGACGGCUACAAAACCCUGGACUGAUAACGAAGUGGCAUGGACUGUUGAUGAAGAAGAUGGAACUGUUUUUGAGCAUGGUAUGUAUGCAAGCAUUGAUUAUUUUGUACCAUAA